AAAAUGAUGUGUUCCUGCUGCAUCAAAAUGUCCACGCAGUACCAUCUCACACAGCAGCCGUCUGCACCAUGAUCUUCUCCCGGUCUUCUCUCCUGCUCGGGACGCUCUGCGCCUUGGGCCUGGCGAGCCCUCUGCGAUCAAGCAACACCGCUCCCACAGUCCAUCUCCCUGAUUCCGAUGUCUGGUUCACGGGAACCACCGUGAAUUCAACCGAGUCGUUUCUAAAUAUCCGCUUUGGUGAAGACACCAGCGGCAACAACCGCUUCGCUCCCCCCAAACCAUAUGCCUAUCCGUCCGGGUCAGUGGUGAAUGCCACCCAGUCUGGAGCGGCGUGUCCGCAGCAGAAGCAACCCCUUCCCGAUUUCCCGCUCUUCGACAAUGUGACCAAGAUCUCCGAGGACUGCCUGACGCUGCGGGUCGAUCGGCCGGCCCACACCUCGGCCUCGGACAAACUGCCCGUGCUGGUCUUCAUCUUCGGGGGCGGCGACACCAUCGGCCAGAUCUAUGAUUCCGCCUACGACCCGAAGCUGUUGGUGGCCGGGGCCGCGCAGAAGGAUGUCCCCGUCAUCUAUGUGGCCAUGAACUACCGCGUGGGCGUCUUCGGAUUUGCCUCAUCACCGGCCUUGAACGAGUCCGAUUCGCUGAACGCCGGUCUGCUGGACCAGCGCUUGGCUCUCUGGUGGAUUCAGGACCACAUCGCGGCCUUUGGCGGGGAUCCGGACCAGGUCACCAUCUUCGGGGAAAGUGAUGGCGCGACGGGGGUGGGCCUGCAGAUGACGGCGUACGGCGGGCAGGUGGCCAAGGUGCCCUUCCGCCGGGCCAUCAUGGAAUCCGGGGCGGCCUCGGGCGAUUCCGGCACCGCGUUUGAUGAGUCGGGCCAGCACACGGCCGUCCUCAUCGACCGCAUCAAUUGCACCGCGUCCACCAGCCAGGAGGAGCUGGAGUGCCUGCGCCGCCUCCCCAUGCUCACCCUGCUGAACACCGCCUACGCCUAUGAGUUGACGCUCAACUCCAUGGGCGGCAUGGAUGUCUUCAAGCCCGUCUCGCCGUCCUCCUUCAUUCCCGAUCGCCCCACCCAAUUGCUCAAAUCCGGGCGUUUUGCCCGCGAUAUCGAUCUCAUCUCCGGCUGGUGUGAGAAUGAUGGGGCCUUUUUCACCUCCACGGACCUGAAAACCUCCGCCGACGUCGCCGAGAAUCUGCGGGAAAGCUAUCCGCGCCUCUCCAACGCCAGCAUCGCCAAGGCCCUGCAGCUCUAUCCGCUCUCGGAUUUCUCCAACGAUACCACCGUGGACCCCCCGGUCUCUGCGCAGUACUUCCGGGCCAGUCAAAUGGAGCGGGAUCACGGGUUUACCUGCCCGAGUCUGCUGGCAGUCGAGACCAACGCCCAAUAUGCCUCCCAUGGCCACGUCCGGAACUACCUGUACUCCCUGAACCAGACCGCGUUUGCCGAAGUCUUUGCCCUGGAAGGCCUCACCUACUACGGCGUCCCGCACUUCAGCGACAUCCCGUACAUUUUCAACACGGUCACUGAUGGCCUGCUGGCCCCGGUGUCCACCGCGUCCGAUCGCCAACUUGCGUCCGCCAUUGGGGCCAGCUGGGCGUCCUUCGCCACCUUUGGGGAUCCGUCGCAUGCCAACGGCACCGUCAGUGGCUGGUCCCAAGCCUGGUCCUCUAGCAACAGCACCUCCGCGGCCCCCAAGUUGCGCGUCCUCGGCGGACCCGACUCCCGCUUUACCGGUGGCCGGGGCUAUCAUGAGAAAUUGGUGCAGCGCUGUGCCUUUUGGAACUCCGAUGAGGUGACGGCGGCGUUUGGUGUCUAGCCUUCCACCUCCGGUCUUUGCUAUGCUGGAUAUGAUCAUGUAAUAACGCAUAUUUUAAGAUUUUCCUCUAGUUGAUCUUUACUUUGUACAGUCAGGCGCGAACUUAUUUUACUGAGAGAAGGGAUAAUAUAUAUUGAAUCGUGACACACCCAUUUUUAGGCUUUCUCCAAAUGAAACAGAAG